CUAUUUUUGGUUUUUUGUUUUCAAAAAAAACUGAAAACUGAAAACAAAAAACGAUGUCAAACAAACUCCUAAUUAGCGAUAAAUAUUAACACCGCUAUAUUUUCUUAUACAACUUAAACCCUUAAUUAUCUCACGUACACCUCAUUAUUGCUCAUAUUAACUUCAAUUAAAUUACCUACAACAGUGAAAAUGUAACCUUAAAAAAAUAAAAAUAAAAAGAAAAGAGUAUAAAAGGACCGAAUGAUUUCCUCAAAAAAAAAAAAAAAAAAAAAAAAAAAAAAGGACCGAAUGAUACAAUCACAUAUUAACAGUAGAUGUUGUACUCUUUUGGAAUCCAAACAAAAAUGCUAGCAUCAAAACCUCAUUUCUACCACCACCGUUCCCCGGUGGUUAAGCAAGUCCUUGCCGUCAUGAUCAGGGAUAGUCCGUUCGAUGCCGCCACCACCUCACCUCCAUACUCAUGGACCACUCAAACUGUUUCGGAUAUCCUCCGCUCCAUACCCAUUUUCUUCUUCACGCCAACACGCUCUAUUGGCCGUCAAUCCAAUCUUUUCCGUCAUCGCGCUCCUCUCAAGCAGCGUGAUCUCCGCCAGGAAUCCGUCAAAUAUCAAAGUAAUUUCCUAAUUCUUGGACCUGCAGCCUAUCGAGAUUUAACCCGGGUUGAUCACGGGGUCUCGAAAGCGACCGAGUUUUUCUACUGGGUCGAAUCCCACGCCGGGUUCAUUCACAACGAGAUUACCGUCAGAGAGAUGGCUAUUGUGUUGGCUAAGGCUAAUAAAUUAAGUCAUUUGUGGAAUUUUCUAAGGGAAAUGAGUAGGAAAGUAGAUGGUGAGCUAGUAACUACCACGUCUAUCACCUGUUUGAUGAAAUGCUUAGGUGAAGAAGGGCUUGUAAAUGAAGCAAUGCAGGCUUUCUAUAGAAUGAAACAGUUUCACUGUAAACCUGAUGUUUAUGCUUAUAAUACUGUCAUUUUGGCUCUUUGUAGAGUUGGGUUUUUUGUGAAAGCUAAGAGUUUGCUGCAGCAAAUGGAGCUACCUGGGUUUCGUUGCCCGCCUGAUACCUACACCUACACAAUUUUGAUAAGCUCUUACUGCAAGUAUGCCUUGCAGACCGGGUGUAGGAAGGCGUUCAGGCGGAGGUUGUGGGAAGCGAAUCAUCUGUUUCGUCUAAUGCUGUUUAAGGGUUUUGUUCCUGAUAUUGUCACCUACAAUAGCUUAAUUGAUGGGUGUUGUAAGACUAAUAGGAUUGAAAGAGCUCUUGAGCUCUUGGAAGAUAUAAUUAAAAGGGGUUGUUUACCAAAUCGAGUUACGUACGACUCUUUUAUUAGGUACUAUAGUGUUGUGAACGAGAUCGAUAAGGCUAUUGAGAUGUUGCGGAAAAUGCAAGAGCUGAAUCAUGGAACUCCUACGACUAGUUCGUACACGCCUAUCAUUCAUGCUUUGUGUGAAGUCCAGAGGGCGUCUGAGGCUUGGGAAUUUCUUGUGGAGCUGGUGGAUGGAGGUUUGAUUCCCAGAGAAUACACUUACAAGUUGGUUCUUGAUGCCCUACGUUGCAAUGGAAACGCAAAUAUGCUCAAUGAAGAAACAUGUAGAAUGAUUGAGGAUGGUAUAAUAAUUAGAUAUAGGCAAAGAAUGAAGGAAAAACCCUUUAUGAAUCGAAAAGGUUCUAUGCUUAUAAUUGAGGAGCAUUGAUUCGAAUCUUUUAAUGACAUGAGUAGUUCAAUUGUGACAAGUAUUUCUUUUGCCAAAUUCACAACUAGCAAUGUUUUCCUUUUAUGAAAAGACUAUAUACUGGCAUGGGCGGAGCUAGAAGGGGACAUGUGGGGACACUUGUCCCCCCAUUUUCAAAAAAAAAAAAAUUUUAAAAAAAAAAAAAAUUUUAAAAAAAAAAAAUGCAAUUACAGUGCUCUGUUGCGACAUUUGCCAGCCAAACCCUAAGUUUUUCAAUUUUCAA